UUUUAGCGAAAAUAAAAUGGAUGUAGAAAAUUUCACGGAAUAUAAUUGUACUUCGGAACAACUAACAAAUGGGAUUACCAGCAAAAUUCUGGUUUCACUCACUUUAUCUAUAUUGACAUUAAUGACAACUGCAAUAAACUCCCUUGUAAUUGCUGCGAUAAUUGUGACACGGAAACUCCAUCAUCCUGCCAACUAUCUGAUAUGCUCUCUGGCAGUGACAGAUUUUCUAGUUGCUGUGUUGGUGAUGCCUUUUAGCAUCAUAUAUAUCGUAAAGGAAACGUGGCUUAUGGGACAAGUGGUCUGUGAUAUCUGGCUAAGUGUCGAUAUAACAUGUUGUACAUGUUCUAUAUUGCAUCUCUCAGCUAUUGCACUAGAUCGAUACAGAGCUAUUACAGAUGCGGUGGAAUAUGCCCGGAAAAGAACUGCUCAGCAUGCCGCAAUUAUGAUUACCGUGGCGUGGGUACUCUCUAUUUUCAUUUCGAUGCCGAUUUUGUUUUGGCGUCACCAAAGCAACAACAGAGAAGACGAAUGCCUCAUUAAGCAUGACCAUAUUGUAUUCACCAUUUACUCUACAUUCGGAGCGUUUUAUAUCCCACUGACGCUGAUACUUUUGCUUUACUAUAAAAUCUAUAGGGCAGCAAAAACAUUAUAUCACAAACGGAACAUCAGCAGAGUUGAAAGAGAACAAAACGGGCAAGUCCUUUUAGAAGCUUGUGGAAAAAGUUCGACUUUGUGUAUAGCGGAAAAGUCUUUUUCAGAUCAUUCGACUGAUUUUGAUAAAAUCCAUAUUACACUGAGGAGCACAAGAGCAGAAAUAAGACAUGAAAAAAUGUGGAGAAAACAAAAAAUAUCUAGCUCAAGAGAACGUAAAGCAGCCACUACGUUAGGAUUAAUUUUGGGGGCUUUUGUUAUUUGCUGGCUUCCAUUCUUUGUAAAAGAAGUCAUUGUGAACAUUUGUUUAACAUGUUACAUCUCCGAUGAUAUGUCAAACCUUCUUACUUGGCUUGGUUACCUCAAUUCCCUCAUUAACCCUCUAAUCUAUACCAUCUUCAAUGAAGACUUUAAAAAGGCAUUCCAAAAAUUAAUGAGAUGCAGACAUUAUCUUUGA